CUUCCAGCCCCAUCUCCCACACGUCACCGUGCGGAAUCUUUAAAGGGUCCAUUGACUGAAUAAAAUGGCACGGUAUAAAGGAUCAAGGAGUUUGAGCAGCAUGAACACACAGUCACCAAUGGUAGACAUGGUCAAUAAUAACGAUCCUCUACCGCCAGGAUGGGAAAUAAAAAUUGACCCACAGACAGGAUGGCAUUUUUUUGUGGAUCACAUUAAUCGCAAAACAAGCUGGAAUGACCCAAGACACGAUUCCAAAAAGGUCAGCCAGCUGUCUCAAAAUGGCCCCAGUGUGCCCCCAGAGCAGAGUCCUCAGGAGAUGCAGAAGGCCUUCGUGAGAGACAUGAAGCACCCCACCCUCCGUCAGGGUUACAUCCCAAUCCCAGUCUGCCAUGAAGGCGGAGACAUCCGUCAGCAACAGCAACACCAAUGUUUCCCGUACAUUCAGCCGACUGCUCUGCAAACUGUACGAGCAGACGGGCGGACACCCUCCCCCACCCCGACGCUCCACUGCAGGCCUAGAUCUCCUUUGCAGGGUCCCUCCGAGAGCACUACCCCUGAGCCCUACAUGUCCUGUUCACCUAGUUCACAAGGACCUGAGACUUUCAUUCCUUUGGGCCACCCCCUCCACCAGCCCCCACGACCCAGCAGCACAGGCCUCCAGGCAGGUUACAUCCCCAUCCCAGUGAUCCAUGAGAGGGCCGGAGGUCACCCACAACAAGCCCCUGUCAACUCCACUCUCUACACCCAGCGCUUUCCGGCUUACUCAGAGCUCCAGCCCUCCUUCCACCACCUACAACCAGAGGACUGGAGCGGUCAUCAUGGGCCCACGCCUUCUUCCCGGGACCGUGCCUCCCCCUCCCCGAGCGUGCUUCCCCAGCACCGUGAGACUGCCGGCAUCCAUAUCCCUCCGCAUAUGAGGAGCCAGUCUCCCCUCAGUGCACAGGUCAUUACAGAGAGACCACAGGUCCAGGUCCACCACCACCACCAUGUCCCACAGAGAGAAUCACCCCACAGAAUAGAGCAGGAGAUCUCUCAGUAUCCCCAAACAGUGCAGAGAGAGGCUGACACACAGCAGCUUCAACAACCACAGAUGUCACAACGACCACAACAGCCACAGCAGCCACAACAAUACCAACAGCCACAACAAUACCAACAAUCUGAACAGUACCAACAACCACAACAGUAUCAAAAGCCAGAAAAAUACCAACAACCUGAACAGUACCAACAACAACCACAACCACAGCCACAGCCGCAGCCGAAACAGACAGCAAACCUCACAGUCCAGAUGCCCCCAAAACCAGAAGCCCAGGAGCCAGUGGAUGCUCCUGCUCCACAGGAGGUCCCUUCCACAACAGCAGAAAACGAGUCCGCCGCUCAGUGUCACCCAGGCUUGGCUAAAGUACAAAAGAUAGUGGAGAGAGUGGCGAAACUGGAGCAAGAGGUGAAAUGCUUUGAUGGAAAGAAGAACGAUAAGAGGUACUUGCUGCUGGAGGAGCUGUUGACCAAAGAGCUUUUGGCAUUGGACUCAGUGGACCCAGAGGGGCGUGUGGAUGUGCGACAGGCGCGACGUGACGGAGUCCGGAGUGUCCAGACCAUACUGGAUGCACUGGAGAUGCUGGAUGAGCGGCCAUCGGAGCCAGUCAGUGCGUCCUCGAUGGAGGGCGAGAGCCCGCCACAGAGUGGAGAGCAGCCUAGUACGAUCAGCCAAGCGAAUGUGGAGAUGGCCAGGGAGAUCUCAUAAUGACUGCUUUAUUAUGGCGAAGAAUGAAGAGAAACGUCAUCAAAUAUGACAUGGAAAUAGGCUGCUCCCAAUACCCCCCUUUCUAUGGCAGAUAUCACAUAUGAACUAUAAGAUGCAUGUUUGCUUAAUUUCCAGUGUUGGUAUUUUCUGGUAUUCACCACAUAUGUGAUGGUGGUAGCUGAGUGCAAUUAUGUUUAGCCACUGUUGUUGCCUUUUGCCGUGCCAAUGUCUUUUUGCAAGAACAUUGUCAUGUUCAGUGUGUUAAAGACACAUACAAAAUGGAGAUGAUCUAAGAGGCCUUUAUCCAUCCAUAUAGGAAAAUACUAUGAAAAUAGCUUAUUUAAAUUUUAAAAAGUACAUAUAUGUUGUUGCCUUUGGACCAUGUGACGUGGUUGUUGUAAAGUUGUUCAGUACAUAUUCAAUAAGAACACUGGUUGGUAUGUAUAGAGAAGGCUACAUCUCUCUAAGAAAGGGCUUCAGUUGCUAUUGUUAGAGAUGCCUAAUAUUUCCCUCUUAGUUCUAAUCCACUACUUCGAGAAACAAUAUUUACCUCAGAUUCCAUAUGAAGAAAUGGGAUAAAUGUUAAUGAUUCAGUCAGAGAAAAGUAUUUAUUUUUGGGCCUCAGGUGACAAAGAGCCACUUAAAGGGAAGAAUCUUCCUUUUCUUCCUCUCAGAGAUUCCUCUCAGAAUCUUCCUCUUCUUCUCGGUUCCUCUGGGUUAUUUAACACACACCCAACAAAUUAUAUGGUUGAUAGAGUUACUUCGGGUUUCAUUAGUUUCAGCCUGUAGGUGCAUUGCCUAUUUUGGGUUCUUGACACUUAUUUCACCAUUAUAAUAUGUUUAUAUUUCAUUUGUAAUGAUUAGGGAACUUGAUAUGUUACAUUCAACAAUUACAUCUAGUCACCUUUGAUUCAAGUAAGAUUUAAAAUUGGUAGAAUGUUUUACAACAUUUUUACAUUUGUAGUUUCACUUGUAAUGUUAUUUAAGAAAGGAAUUAUUGAUGAAUUUAAGAAUGCAUUUAGAAAUGUUGGAUGUGAGCUGCAUAACCUCAUGAGAUGAGACUAUUAGCGUCAGCUGCUAAUCAAGAAUAACAAUUCAAAGGGUCAAUGUAAAAGUAGGCAUUGUUUAUCACAGCUUGUGCAUUGCAGGUUGUUGCAGUGUUGACAGCUUGGAGUCACGUUGGCAUGGUUGCAAAUAAAAUGAUUUAUUUUGA